ACUAUUUCAGAGCUUCAAGGGACUAAGACCUCUGAAUAUCACAGAAUAUCACACAGUCCUCUGGAUUACAGGAUAUUAUUAAUGGAUGAAGAUCAGGAUCGGAUCUAUGUGGGCAGCAAAGACCACAUUCUGUCUUUGAAUAUCAAUAAUAUAAGCCAGGACCCUCUUAGUAUUUGGUGGCCAGCAUCAGCAAACAAGGUUGAAGAGUGCAAAAUGGCUGGCAAAGACCCUACACAUGGCUGUGGAAAUUUUGUGCGGGUGAUACAGUCAUACAAUCGCACACACCUGUACGUCUGUGGCAGUGGAGCCUUCAGCCCAGUGUGUGUGUAUGUCAACAGGGGACGCAGGUCUGAGGAACAAAUCUUCAAGAUUGACUCCAAGUGUGAGUCAGGGAAGGGACGCUGCUCUUUCAACCCAAAUGUGAACACAGUAUCUGUUAUGAUCAAUGAAGAGCUUUUUUCAGGAAUGUAUAUUGAUUUCAUGGGGACGGAUGCAGCCAUUUUUCGGAGCCUGACCAAGCGGAAUGCCGUGCGAACUGACCAGCACAACUCCAAGUGGCUGAGUGAGCCUAUUUUUGUAGAUGCUCAUGUCAUACCAGAUGGCACUGAUCCCAAUGAUGCCAAAAUCUACUUCUUCUUCAAAGAGAGAUUGACAGACAACAGUGGCAGCACCAAGCAAAUUCACUCAAUGAUUGCAAGAAUAUGCCCAAAUGAUACAGGUGGUCAGCGUAGUCUUGUGAACAAAUGGACUACAUUCUUGAAAGCAAGACUGGUGUGCUCAGUAAUGGAUGAAGAUGGAACAGAAACAUACUUUGAUGAAUUAGAGGAUGUGUUUCUUUUGGAGACAGAUAACCCCAGAACAACGCUUGUGUAUGGAAUUUUUACAACAUCAAGCUCCAUUUUUAAAGGCUCAGCUGUGUGUGUGUAUCAUUUAUCUGACAUCCAGACUGUGUUCAAUGGGCCAUUUGCACACAAGGAGGGCCCAAACCAUCAGCUGAUUCCAUAUCAGGGCAGAAUUCCAUACCCACGACCUGGCACUUGUCCAGGAGGAGCCUUCACACCGAAUAUGCGGACAACCAAAGAGUUUCCAGAUGAUGUUGUGACCUUCAUUAGAAAUCAUCCUUUGAUGUAUAAUCCCAUUUACCCAAUACAUAAGAGGCCAUUAAUCAUCCGGAUAGGAACGGACUACAAGUAUACAAAGAUUGCUGUGGACCGAGUGAAUGCUGCUGAUGGAAGAUACCAUGUCUUGUUUCUUGGAACAGAUCAAGGAACUGUACAAAAAGUUGUUGUCUUACCCACCAACUUCUCUGCAAGCGGAGAACUCAUUUUAGAAGAACUGGAGGUCUUUCAGAGUAACACUCCUAUAACAACAAUGAAGAUUUCAUCUAAAAAGCAACAGCUGUACGUGAGCUCAGAGGAGGGGAUCACACAGGUCCCCCUGCACCGCUGCCACAUCUAUGGGACUGCCUGUGCUGACUGCUGCCUUGCCCGGGAUCCUUACUGUGCCUGGGAUGGCAACUCCUGCUCCAGGUUCUAUCCCACAGGGAAAAGGAGGAGUCGUAGGCAAGACGUGAGACAUGGAAACCCUCUGACUCAGUGCCGAGGUUUCAACCUGAAAGCAUACAGAAAUGCAGCAGAAACAGUCCAAUAUGGAGUGAAAAACAACACCACCUUCCUUGAAUGCACACCCAAAUCUCCUCAGGCUUCUAUUAAAUGGCUGCUACAGAAAGAUAAUGACAGGAGGAAAGAGGUUAAGCUGAAUGAGAGGAUCAUAGCUACUGAGCAAGGACUUCUCAUUCGCUCUGUCCAAGACAGUGAUCGGGGGCUUUAUCACUGCAUUGCAACAGAGAACAAUUUCAAGCAGACCUUAGCAAAGAUCAAUUUCAAAGUGCUGGAUACAGAGAUGGUGGCCUACAUGACUGACAAGUGGUCCCCGUGGACCUGGGCCAGCUCGGUGCGAGCCCUGCAGUUCCACCCAAAGGACUUUGUGGGAACUUUCAGUCACUCUGAAAUGCAGAUGAUCAACCAAUACUGCAAAGACAGUAGACAGCAAGGUCAGCGGAGGGAAGAACCCCAGAAGUUGAGAGGAGACUACAGCAAACUAAAGGCCCUUAUCAAUAGCAGGAAAAGUAGAAAUAGAAGAAAUCAGUUACCUGGUUCUUAAUUUUAUUUUGCUGAAGGAGAUAUCUUUGUCCUCACUGUAGAGGGCUUAUAUUUGUCUGUUGAGAACAAAGUUGUGCAAAUACGAUGAAAAAUUAGAUGAAAUUACAACAAGCUUCAGAAAAGAUUCUCCUCCCAAUGAAAUGCAGUGUAACUCAAGUAAAGAAAAGAUGUGGAGCUUUUUCAGUCCUAGAUGCUUACUGGCACUAGGUUAGUCUAUGUCAUGGAAACAAAAAUGAGUGUUCUUCUUAAACCAGAUUCAUACUUAGUAUCUCGUUAUUUAAUUACAGUUGAACAGAAAUUUUUACAAGCUGAGUGCAGUAUCUUGCAACUCUGGAGCUGUACCAGACUGGUGGUGGAAGAAUCUGGAUUAAGAUGCACACCCCAAAUAGGAUGGUACUAAAAUUUCUUUGCACUGCAUUUACGAACAUGAGUUUUUGCUUGUUUACUAAUUGAUACUGGGUUUACAGCUUUCAUUCAUUAUUCAAAUCAUGUAAGUACAUGCAGAUAAGAUGCACGUAAAGUGUAAUAGAAAUGUCAUUCAUUCAGAGGUCAAAUGAAGGAAUGAGUAGAAGAAAAAAAUAUGUUUUUAUACUUUGUCAGAGGAAACACUGAUUAUUGUGCAUAGUAUGAGUUGUAAUAAAUUAAUGAGUUCUGGAAUGUAACUUAAAAUAUCUCUGCUCCUAUUGAUUUUUAUUAAUAUACAAUGUUCUGUAACACUACAGAGCUUUAUAAGUGGUACAACGCUAACAUGAGAAUGUUCAUUAUAUGUACAAUUUUGAAAAGCACCUAAGUGUCUUGGGUAUUUUAGCUGUUUUCAAAGAAUUACACUCCUUUGGUUUGUUUUUCAAAAGACAGAAUGUGUAGAGUGUUUAUUCAAAAAAAUUAUUUAAUCUAUUGCAUAGUUAAAUUGAGGUUGUCUUGCAAUAUAGAAACAAGUUAUGAACAUCUUUGAAAAUUUUAAAACUUAUUUUUUCAGCUUCUCAUCAUGAAAAAUGUUAUCUAGAUUUUUUAAAUUAAAGCAUUUCCACUUUUCUUUUUAUGCUGUUUUCACAAUUUCCUCCUCUGUUCUGUUUUUCUGCUGUAAAGAAUAUUCAAAAAAGAAAUGAAAAGUGAAAAGAGAGAAAAACAAUAUUUAAAAAACUGGUUAGGGUCAAAAACCAAAAACUAUAGCAACAUUUGAGAGAUACAUUUAAAUAGAAAUAUUUUUGUUUAAGAAGAAGGUGUCAGGCCUAAUGAAGUUCGUUUUGUUGCUAAUUGGUUGCAUGUGCAUCAAGCUAUCGUGGUAAAAGCAAUCACCUUUUUUUUUUU